CGAGGAGCGCGGCAGACCCGGCCCAGCCAUGGACGAGCAAGCGGGACCCGGCGUUUUCUUCAGCAACAACAACAAUAACAAUGCCCUGCUUUUGCCGCCGCCGGCGGGCGGGCCAGGGCUGGAGCCGGGCGAGGCGGCGGCGGCAGCGGCUGCCGCGGCGGCAGCAGGAGCAGGAGGCGGUGCAGGGGUCUCAGUCUCCGGAGCCGCCGCACCAGUGUCGGCGUCCCGGGCUCAGUACAGCGUACCGGGCAUCCUGCAUUUCCUGCAGCACGAGUGGGGCCGCUUCGAGGCGGAGCGCGCCGAGUGGGAGGCGGAGCGGGCGGAGCUGCAGGCCCAGAUUGCCUUUCUUCAAGGUGAAAGGAAAGGACAAGAAAAUCUGAAGAAGGAUCUAGUGCGAAGGAUCAAAAUGCUGGAAUAUGCACUUAAACAGGAAAGGGCUAAAUAUCACAAAUUAAAAUAUGGCACAGAAUUGAAUCAGGGAGAUAUGAAGCCACCAAACUAUGAUUCUGAUGAAGGGAAUGAGACAGAGGUUCAGCCACAACAGAACAGUCAGCUAAUAUGGAAACAAGGACGACAGCUGCUAAGACAAUACCUACAAGAAGUGGGCUACACCGACACGAUAUUGGAUGUAAAGUCAAAACGAGUACGAGCUUUAUUGGGCCUCUCAAGUGAUGCUUCAGAGAAGGAAAACAGAAAUCAAGAGCCAAUGGUAAAUGGCACAGAGGGCCAGAUAAAAGAAAACGCAAUGAUUGGGAAACCUGAAUUGACUGACUCUGCCUCUCUGCUAGAGACCUUCAAGUUUCUUGAAAAUGCAGCUGCAGACUUUAGUGAUGAAGAAGAUGAAGAUGAUAUUGAAGGAAGAGAGAAAACAAUCAUUGAUACUGCAACAAUUGUAAGGAAAAGAGUGCUAUCAGACAGCAGUGAAGACAGAGAUACAGAAGAAGCUUUGAAAGAGUUUGACUUUUUAGUUACCUCAGAUGAAGGUGAUGGGGAAUCGAGAAGUUCAGGAGAUGGAACAGACUGGGAAAAGGAAGACCAGUGUCUCAUGCCUGAAGCUUGGAAUGUCGACCAGGGAGUAAUAACCAAACUCAAGGAACAAUACAAAAAGGAGCGCAAGGGGAAAAAGGGGGUGAAGAGAAAAACUACCGAAGAUAUGUUUCAGCCUCAAUCCUAUAUAAAACAGUCAAAACAGGGAUGUGGGAAAAUGAUGGAGCAAAGCACAGGGCCCAACAGGUCAAAGCUACAGGAUAUGCUUGCAAACUUGAGAGAUGUUGAUGAUCUCCCUUCAUUACAGCCAUCUGUUGCACCUUCUUCUAGGCCCAGUAGCUCAAGGCUCAUUGAACAUGAGAUAAACAGAACAGAUGAAGUGGAAGCUUUAACAUUCCCUCCUUCUUCCGGGAAAUCUUUCAUUAUGGGAACAGAUGAAGCCCUGGAAAAUGAGCUGGGUCUUGGAGAACUAGCAGGCCUUACAGUAGCCAAUGAGGCAGAUUCACUGACUUACGAUAUAGCAAACAAUAAGGAUGCACUGAGAAAGACUUGGAACCCCAAAUUCACAUUAAGAAGUCACUUUGAUGGAAUAAGAGGUCUCGCUUUUCAUCCGGUCGAACCAGUCUUAAUAACAGCUUCAGAGGACCAUACAUUAAAAAUGUGGAAUUUACAAAAAACAGCCCCAGCAAAAAAGAGCGCGUCUCUUGAUGUAGAACCAAUAUAUACCUUCAGAGCACAUAAUGGACCAGUGCUCUGUGUGGUGAUGAGCAGUAAUGGAGAACAGUGUUAUAGUGGGGGAACAGAUGGCCUCAUCCAUGGCUGGAAUACAACUAACCCGAACAUUGACCCCUAUGACUCUUACGAUCCUUCUGUUCUAAGAGGUGCUUUUGUAGGCCAUACAGAUGCGGUGUGGGGUCUGGUUUACAGUGGAGCACACCAGCGUCUGCUGUCCUGUUCAGCUGAUGGCACUAUACGUCUAUGGAAAGCUACAGAAAUUGCUCCAGCUCUCAAUAUAUUUAAUGAUAAUCAAGAAAUGGGAAUUCCUUCAUCAGUAGAUCUUGUGAGCAGUGACCCAAGUCUCAUGGUAGCAUCAUUUAACAGUGGACACACUUGCAUUUUUAACAUGGAGACACGGCAACGAAUUCUUACCCUGGAGUCCAGUAUGGAUACUACAGUCAGCUCCUCCUGUCAGAUAAACAGAGUCAUCAGCCAUCCAACUCUUCCAAUUAGUAUCACUGCCCAUGAAGACAGACACAUCAAAUUCUACGACAACAAUACAGGAAAACUGAUCCACUCCAUGGUAGCUCACUUAGAUGCAGUUACAAGUUUAGCUGUUGAUCCUAAUGGCUUGUAUUUGAUGUCUGGCAGUCAUGACUGUUCGAUUCGCUUGUGGAAUCUUGAAAGCAAGACCUGCAUCCAGGAAUUUACUGCUCAUCGUAAAAAAUUUGAUGAGUCCAUUCAUGAUGUGGCAUUCCACCCCUCCAAAUGUUAUAUUGCCAGUGCAGGAGCAGAUGCCCUGGCUAAAGUGUUUGUAUGACAGAGUGCUUCCCUUUCAACUCUAGCUUUGUAUAUAUUUAACCAGCUGCAUAAAAGAGAAGAGAAGGGCGUGAGUCCUCUUACCCUGCCCUGUAAUUCAGAGAAUGUUUGUAAGUGUUUAGUUUUGCAGGGUGCUGUUUUCUAAAUUGAAGUUUGUUCUGGUUUCUGUGAGCUCAGCUGGUGCUGAGAGCUUGGAAACUCUCAGUUUCAACUGUUAAAAAUCAAAAGAAAUGCUUUUAUUUCAGAUGGUGUGAAUUUUCGUCCAGGCAGGCCUUGGGUGAAACUAGGUCUAUGUAUUAUCUUAUUAAUAAAAUGGAGUACUGGAAAAAAGGGGUCUAAUUGCAUCAGGGAGUAGGAAAAGAGGGAAACUUCCUAGGAUUCUGCUCAUUGAGGAAUCUAAAUGUACUUAAAUCACCUGGAAAAAGUAAUUUCACAUGCUCAUUUCUGUGUCAUGUGAGAGGCACUUUGUCAUCCCUUUGGUAUUAAUAAAGUAGAUCUUGUUCAGACACCAGUAAUGGAUAGUUAAUCUCAGCCACGUGGCUGCUAGCCUAAGAUAAAUGCAGUUAAAGGAAAGCAAAUUACUAACAUAAAUUAAUGCAGUGAAGUUUCUGUUGCAUCUUUUGUGUCAUACAGGAAUUAUUCAGUUUGCAAAAGAAAUAUAUAAUUGUUUUUAAAACUGUAUUAGCAUGUGGCUAGAAGCUGAGCCUUUAGUCUAUUCCCAAUUAACAACAGCAGACUGAAGCAGUCUGUAUAUACUGUAGUAGCAGAUUUAACUUAUUCAGAUUUAUAAUGCUGUUUAUUCUUGGAGAUCUGGCACAAGAAAUUAUCACAAAGCUUUCCGAAAAAGCUGUCCUACAACUUAACUAUCAAAUAUUCAUCUCCUCUUUCUGUUCCUGUUAAAAAAGGGUAUCAUUCUGGGCAUUAAGGGUAACAGUGAAAUACUUCUUUUGAAGAUUAAGCCUAUACCUGAUGUUUUGUGUGAGUCCUACUAAUGCAGUAGGUGGGAACUGUACAAAGUUCCAUCAAGUUGAGAUAUUUUGCUACUUCUAGGAGUAUUUCCCAGCUUCACCGUUUCUGCAACUUUUUAAUUUGUAUGCUUUGCUGGGUGUAUCAUGCCAUUGAUUAAGUUAUCUGUGUCCCGUCUUACUUAGCGGGUGUGUGGGGGAGGUUACCUUUUACAAUACCCUGCGUGGUUCGUGGGAGAAACCACAGGCGCUCCAGAGGUUGAAAAUGAAAGAACUCAUUUUAUUGUAAAACUUCCCUAAACUGUGUCAGGAGGAACAAAAGUCUUGGCAAGUUCUUAUUCUUAUGAAAGAUCCAAAGUAGAGUGAGAAAAGGAGAAAGAAAAGGAGGAGACAAAAUAGAGAGAUAGGUUUACCACCCCAUGGAUCUAGUGACGUCUUCUCAGUCAACGAGUUGAAGUGCUUUUAGUCAAUGAGUUCGCUGAAGUCCAGGAUGGAGGAGCACGCCACACGACUGAAGAAUGAUUGCUUUCUUAUAGGAUCAGGUUCCUUGGAAUCCUCCCACAGAUUCAUCUGCAUGCUUGCCCAUGAGUUGUGAGCUAUUCUGGAAAGUUCCUGAUGGUGAUAGGGGUAUGUGGUAAGUCCCCAGAUCCGGUUAAGUCUGUACUUCGACGAGUGCAGGCUCAGUGCCUUGUAGCACUGUCUUUGGGCUGUUUGUUGCCUAAGUAGUUAAUAUCCACAGCUUUAGGGUAGCCAAUACAGGAAAAUACCCCCAUCUUCAUGGACUUUGUCCAGGACUUUGUCCUGGUUCCCUGACAGUUCGGUCAAUCACAAGAUGCCCAAGAACAAAGUGAAGUGUUACCUAUGUUCUAUGUGAAUGUCAGGGAGGGAAGGUUUUGUCUCCAAAAAUCAAUAUGAGUUUCCUCAUAAUAGGCAAAAUGGGUAUUAGGUAAUCCCAGAGAAAAAUUUUCUCCAGAGCUUUCAGUUGUUUCCACCUUGUCCUUGACCAAAAGAUGGUCAGCCUUCAGUUGAAUAUAGGUGUAGUCCUUGAAUUUCCAAACUAGAGGAAGAAGGACACGAGACCUGUCUGUUUGUUAGUUAUGAGUCAGAUUGAAAGACAUAAUGAUUGGUGUUACAAAAGAUCUCAAGCCCUGCUCAGAGGGAGCUGGAAGAGUUACACAGGUACUUUGGUCCUAUUCCAUAUUCAUACAAAUCUCACACUAUAUAGGGGAAUCCUCUCACUGUGAUUCCUAUGUACACAAGACAAAUCACACAAAGUAGUGAUUGCAGCAAACCUACAUACAUACUGUAAAGUAAUUUUUAAACUAAGAACUAUAUAAUCGAUUGAUAGGAUCCUAACAGUAACACAGAUGUUUGAAGUGGACUUUGUAAUUCAGUAGAUUCCUCUACCUGCAGUAGAAAACAAAGAAGAACUGGGUCCUUUCAGAACCAAGGGAACUUCUCCCAACUGGUGGCAUGUCCACCAGUACUGGUUGGCCUGGAUAGUAUGAGGAGUUCUUAGGAUCAUCUGUUUCUCUGUUCUUGGGAAGGAUGUGGGGAGCCUUAUGGCAAAGUGCCGUGAGUCAUGGACAUGCCACCUAUUGUUCACUUUUGUCACCGCAUCCCAGAGUCAAACAGACCGCCCUGGGUCUUGGGGUCUUAGUCUCCAGAGAACCUAAAGUGUAUUGCAGUUCCUUUUUACUUUGCUCCUGUAUUGUAGAUACAGCAGUAAGGAGGCCGGUGUUUGCAUUCAGGCAGCGAUGAGUCAAUGGUCAGUUGCCAUUUUCCAUUUGGUUUACAAACUCGCCAUACAGGAGAGUUGUAAAGUGAGUGGGUUUGGAUGACAUGACGGGGGGGAUCCCCUCUCUUGGACCCAGUGGUAAGUGGUGCAGCUUUACAUUUACAGCCUUGGAUGAGGGAAGUUUGGGAGCAAAUUCCAAAAAAAAAUCUCCAUUUAUUCCCCUUAGAAUCCAUCCGAGCUUUCCCUUUUACUAGAUCUAGCCCCAGUAUACUGGUGGGGAACAUGCCCAAUAUCAGGAUAGUCUCUGGAGGAGUGGAGUCACCAAGUAACUAACAUUUUAUCCAAGCUGUGGGUUGGUGUUUAGAGUAUCCUAACACAUCAGAAACUUGUUUUUUGUCACGCCACCACUCUGCUUUGCUGUCUCAGCAUUUAGAGCUGAUGUUUGGACUCCCAUAUCUUCUACAAAGGCCACAGCAUAAAGUUUUAAAGAAUCGGCUAGUCCUCUAAUCAGAGGAGUCAUCAGGAUUAGCCAUAAGCAACAGGGGGGAAGGUUGCUGAGGUGUAAGCAGUCUGUCAUGUGUUAACUGAAGGCAAACUGCUUUCUGUAUACUUUCAGUAACUGACCCGGACCAGGGGUAGGUGUGGAUAUGGGGUUUCCCUGUUCUGUGGAUCUAGUUCUUCUCCCCAGUAUGCCAUACACAGGGCCAGGAACCAUGGUUUCCUAAUAUAAUCUACUGUUAGAAAUACUCAUAGGCCCCAGUAUUCCUGAGCUGCUGCUUCUUCUGAGAGCUUAAUCCUGUGCCCUCCAAUCAGGAAAACCCUCCAUGCAUACUAUGUUUCAGUUUACCUGCCUGCUAUGUUUUUCCUGUAACUUAGCCAAUUCAGUGGCACUACAAGGUAUUGCCUUUACAGUGACAGUAGGCUUGGUGCCCUUGCUCAUCAUCAGAAACUAUUUCAGUUUUAGUGAGUGGUUUAAGUUUAGGGUUGGAAAGUAACUCAGUCCUGGCUGCUUUUAGACCUUUCCAGGGGUAAUGAGACACAACUUCACUGAUUGAGGAGAUUGGCCUGCAUAGCAAAGGAAUCAAUUCUAAUAGAGUCUCAUUAUGUUCUUUUUCAAUUUGGUUAACAUUAUGCUUAUCUUUCUGAUGGCUAUUAAGGCUGCCUCUAACAUAGCGCAAAUCACAUCUUUUCGCUUUCCAGGUUUUGUUCGAUUUUCUUUUGCCAAGUCCUUUAUUCUUCCUGCCACAAUUGCCAGGAACCUGCCAGUGUUCCUCAGCCCUGCUUACCCUCCUCAGGGUCAGGCAAGCCUUAUAACUCUUCAACAAAUCUAAUAAUGGGGAGCAGUCAAAGUCAGGCAUUUCCUGGGUUGCCAUGACCCUCAGCUGGAGAUUUUGGCUUCAACCAAAAAUCAGUUCUUCUUUAUCUGACACUCUGACCGUUAUCCCCUUAAAAAAACCAACCUCUGAACUGCUUCUCACAGAGUAUCCUGCUGACUAUGCCAAUGUUAAUGUCCUGUCCUGCUCGGCAGGUGGGUGUGCUGUUCACAGAGCUGUUUCACAGCCUGAAGAAUGAGUGUUUCUUGUAAUUACUCAACAGAUGUGAUUUGUUUAUGUAUUCAGAGCUUCUCUGUUGAUUUGAAUGACAACUUUUAAUGCAAUCUUUUGGUCUUUUAUACCUUCUUAAAGAAGGUGAGUGGAUUCUUUUCUGUGUCAUCAUCAGAGUUACUGCUGCUCAUAAGCCUGAAGUUGGUGUUUUUCUAGUGGGAGUGGAAGACAGAAUUUCUGCUACAGAUAAUUUCUGAUGUGAGUAGGAAAGAGCCCAGUGCAAGUCUUCCACAUACCAGCCUAAGGUUAAGACUGGAAAAUGAUGAAUAAAUCUUUACCUUUAAACUGACACUUUUAAAAAAGGAAUCAUUGAAUCAUGGAAAGAUAUCAACAUAGAGUUUGACUGUGUUGUUUUUAAAGUGGCAUUUGGGAAUGGGACCACAUUUGAAACUGAUCUCAGAGUUUAAAUCAACUGUAUUAUUUAGAAUAAAAGGGUGACCUGUGCUGUUUGAGCCUGCAACACAUUAUAUUUACUGCUAAAAUAUCCUGGAAUACCUUUUAUUGCUCAGAAUAUUCAGAUAUGUCCCUUCAUGAUAUUGAUAUGCAAUAUAUUUCCAUAGAUGGGAUUAGAACUUUUACCAAGAAACAGAUGACUACAGUAGUAAUUCAGAUUAUUUAGUUUUUAUAAAGAGUUUUGGUUAUUAUAGAAAGGGGAAACUUUGCUGCAAAACUGAGCAUUCAGCUUUGAGAGUUCUGUGUACUUGACUCAUAUUCUUUCAGUGUCAUUUCUUUUUGAAGAGGAAAUUAAAAAGAUUUAUUUGAAAAAUUCUAAAAGUUAUGUAUAUUAUAUAUGUGUAUAUAUAUUGUAAACAUGUAUUAAAUGUGUCUAGUAAGGGAAGACUCCAUGGGUGCAUUUUAAUGUUUUGGUAUUAAGAGUUCUCUUGAGUUUGUGUAUACAAAGGAUAAUGGUGUGAGUAUGAAAUGAAUGUUGUGCUUUUGCUUACACGAUAUGAUACGUAGUUACAGUUGUUUAAAUUGCUGUACAUAAAACUAAUAGGCCAGCAUGCUUGUUUUUAAAGACUGUCAUUCUGAUUGCAAUUGGAAUGUAAGAAGUGGCUGUUCAAA